AAUUUCUGCAAUAAGAAAAUAUUUUGUGAUUUUCCCAUUCUUUCAUAGAUAGGCUGAACUGUUUUUCGAAUUUGCAUGUUAAUUAUUGUUGUUUUUGUGCGGAGCUAUGAAAUAUGUCUGACAUAUGUAAACUUUGGCACAUUAUGGGAAAUAUUGCUGUCAGAUUGUAGAAAUCUGUCAUUUAUCCCUUACUUGUAUUAUUUUUCUAAAAGUAUUUUUUAUAAGAAUAAAAUAUAUGUUUUGGAAAUAAAGUCAUGCUAAUUACAAAAUGCCUCUGAUAAUAAAUGGCAUACUUCUGGAAGAGCUACCACCUGAUACUAGAACGCUCUUUGAGACUUAUCCACAUUUAAAGGAUGUUGCUGCUGCACUUAUAGCUCAAGUUCCUAAAGUAAUUGGUCCUGUUGGCCUUUUAUAUGUGCAUCAAAGGGAAUAUGCAGUUACUUCACCUCAUGAUAAACACAUCAGUGUUGUAGGUACAGAUGACGCAACAACUUGCAGCAUGGUUGUCUUGCGGCAUACUGGCUCUGGAAUAUCUUGUUUGGGCCAUUUUGAUGGUUCAGGGUUGGAACAGGGUGUUAUGAAUAUGGUAAGACAUGUGCAAGAUCUUUCCAUGAAUGUUCCUGAGGGAAGGUUAGAACUUCACAUGGUUGGAGGCUUUUUAGAUCCCAGACAUUAUUCUGAAGAACUUGCCAUACAGUUACUUUAUACAUUUCAUAAGCAACCUUUAAGCAUUCAUUUAGUUACUGCAUGUAUUUGUGAACUGAAUAAUUCUUUAAGAGGAAAUAUUAAUUGGCCAGUUAUCUAUGGAAUUGGCCUAAAUACUAAAAGUGGUGAAAUAUUCCCAGCUACAUUCCCAGAUAAAGGUCCAGAUUUUCCUUUGCGCUCAGCAAGAUACUUCACUGGUUGCUAUGAGAUGCUUGACAUAUAUGACUGCCAUCUUGGUAUGCUUAGAAUUGGGCCUUACAACUAUGAACCACUAAGAGGGGUUGAUUUAUGGUUAGCUCAGAGUGAUGACUUUAUUUUAAGACAUCUCUCUACAUCUCCUGAAGUUGAGCCACCAAGUUUUGUGUUACAAGUCCGUGCAACGUUGAAGUAUAUCCAGCAGAAUCCCUUUCCUGGGAUCACAGUUUUCCCAGACAAUCGUCCUCAUUUUUAUCAAAAAGAUGAAUCUGGAAACUGGGUUAGAGUUUGUUAUUGAGAUGAGUAUGUUCCGGCCAUAAAGGUGUAUACAGUGUUUUUCCAUAUUCUUGCAUUGUAGAACCAUCUGAGUUACAGAUUCUUUGUAAAGAAAUGUUUGAGAUCUGAAUGGAUGGACUCAUGUAACUAGAAACAUUAUUUUUUAGUUAAGGAUUUUUUUAAUUUACUAUUUGAUUUGUAAGGAUUAAUGUCCAUUUUGCUAUGUUAUUACCUUCUAGUAUGUUAUUUUUCAACAUGUUUUGUAGAAAUAUUUUGAGCCUUCUGAACAAUUGUUAGUAACCUCUGCCAUUUGCUUGAGGGUGAGAAUAUUUAAUUAUUAUUUUUCAGAGAAAUCAUAAUUUCAGUUGUAAGAUGGCAUUUGUAGCUAUUGCUGUAUUAUUGAGUUGUGGUUUUUAUGGAAUAAAAGUCUGAACCUAUAAAAUAA